GGAACACAACUUUUCCAGUGAAUUGUUCCCGUCGGCGGAAAUUGCUGGCGUGCGUGAGGAAUCAAUGUGUUGUCGGCGUGAGUUAAGACUACUUGAUAAGUGUUUCUAAGUUUUUAGUCUUUUAUUGGGUAGGUUCAGGUCGAACGUUUUUUAUAAUGCGGGGAGAAAGUCUUAACGUUUGAGCUUUGUGUUAAUUGUCCAUAGGUAGAAGGUUUCGAGGUUUUUCUGCAACUAAGUUAGAGGCGCGAACCGGUAUCGUGCACAUUUUGGCUACUGUUAACGUUACAACUAACGUUUGCUCACGAGUCUCCAUUUAAGAAAAGAGAAGAAGUAGAAAACCGUUGAUCUUCGUGCGUAGGAAAUUGUUCUUUGCUGCUGAAACAAAGCCUUGGCCUCUUCAAAAUGGUGUUCUUCACAUGCAAUGCAUGUGGAGAAUCGUUGAAGAAAGCUCAGGUGGACAAGCAUGUCAUGAAAUGUCGUGGAUGUGAAGUACUCUCGUGUAUUGAUUGUGGGAAAGACUUUUGGGGAGACGACUACAAGGACCAUAACAAAUGCAUCAGCGAAAACCAGAAAUAUGGUGGCAAAGGCUACGAGGCUAAGACCAACAAGGGUGACGUCAAACAACAACAGUGGAUGCAAAAAAUCCAUGAAGCCAUGGACAAACCAGGGGUGACUCCAAAGUUGAGGGACAUUCUAAAGCAAGUCAGCUCAUAUGACAACGUUCCAAGAAAAAAAGCAAAAUUUCAGAACUGGAUGCAGAACAGCCUGAAAAUCUUCAAUCCCUCUUUGCAAGACCAGGUGUGGGAGGUCUUCUCUGCUGCAACAAGCCAGGAUCAGGAGAAGCCAAGUAACCAGCAACAGCCUCUGAACAGUACGAACGGGACGGCUAAGGCUGAAGAGAACGGGACGGCACAGCCUGAACCGUCCAAUGAGGUGGCGGCCCCUCCGAAAGAGAAGAAGAAGAACAAGCGAGAGCGCAAAGAGGACAGGCAGCUGAAGAAAAAACCGAAGAAAGGUCAUGGGAACGUAAAUGGCCAGGACGAAGGAGAACAGCACGCUGAGGAGGCCUCUGAGAAACAGAAGAAGAAGAAAAAGAAGAGGAAAAUGGAGGAAGUUGAGGAGGAGGACGACGAGACCCCAAAUGGACAAACUGUUGAGACUGAGAGCAAACCUAAGAAGAGUAAAAAAGACCAUUUAGAUGACACGCAAAACUCUGAGGUAGCAGAUGAUGAGCAAGGGGAAGCAGAUGAACCACAUACCAAAGGCAAAUUCAACUGGAAAGGGACCAUUAAAGCUGUGCUGAGACAAUCACCAGAGGAAGGAAUUGCUGUAAAAAAGCUCAGGAAGAAGGUUCUGGGUGCAUAUUAUUCAUUCAGUGGAAAUGGAAACUUCAAAUCAGAAGAAGAGGUCUUCUCCCUAUUCAACAAGAAACUCAACUGCAAUCCCAAGUUCAAGGUUCUUAAAGACAAAGUCAGACUUGUGAAGUAGCACUAUCAGUGUCGCUAACCAUGAAUAAUCCUGCCAAAAAUCUCCCUUCACUGAGACUCCCCAAUUAAAUGUUUUUAGUAAAAAAAAAAAA